GAAUAUCUUUGCAGUUUGACUUUUGUUGCACCACCAGCGAAAACCACAGGCACACAGAGAAACAACGGAGCGACUGUGCGAAAGGCGCAACCAAAAUUAGCAUUUGCCAGUGGGUUUUUGCUGGUUUGCGGACGAACCGAAAACCUGCACCGUGCAAUUGCAACCGUGUACCAACACACCCACACGUACUCAAGCGAGUGAAACGAUUGUUUUUUUCUCAGCACAGCAGAGGUGAAGAAAAGUUUCGAGGAAGUGAAAAAAACAUACCAACACUGUCCCCGUGUGUGCGUGUGACCUAGUGUGUGUGUGUGCGUGCGUGUAUAACUACGCCAAGACCCGUGGGCAAAGCAGUGUGAGUAAAGGCACGGUGUGUGCGCGCGCACACACACACGUUCAGCUGUCACUGUGCGCCAGUGCGCCAGUGGUGUGUGUGUGUGUACGUGUGUGCUCUAAAACACACACACACGCACGGAACGUCAGAGAACGUCGUUUUUCUGGGGCACCCUUCUAUCGCGUGUGUGUGCUUUUAUUUGUUCCGUGUAGUUCGUCUGCAGGAUAGGAUCAUUCGGUCUCGCUCUCUCGCACACACUAUCCCGUGGCAUUUGUGUGUUGAAAUUUCGAUUGCGUUUUACCAUCGACGAGCGAGAUUUCGGGGUUUUUCGUGGUGUCACUGCAGCCAAAUCGAAGUACAUCGUCGCACGGGAAGGAGGUUGUUGUUCCUUCUCCACAUACCCACAUACACAUACAAACACACGUUCUUAACGUUUUGGAGUGUUUUUUGUUUGCUUAAUUAUUUCCACUUGGAAAAAACUAAAAGAAGGUAGCAAGAGCGAACGAGAAGCCAAAAUUGAUUCGUAACACACACACUACGUGCGCGCUUAGUGUGUGUAGUGUGUGCUGCACAAGAGGAGGAAGCACAGUGUGCCGUGGCAGUGUGGCACCGAUCUGCGAAAAGUGUGGUGUUGGAAAAUUCGAAGUGAAAAAGGCGUGUGAAGGUGACACACACACACGGUGUGUGGCCGUCUACAGGGCGGAGAAGCAGUUUGUGUGUGUGUGACUCGUAGAGUAGACGGAAAAGCUCUCCCGCUGCGCCACCCACCCGUUCUCCCAAGAUCUGCAUCACAAAUUUGCACAACACACAUCAACCACUUCCGUGAGCAAAAUCGUGCAAAGCGCGCAGUCAACGGGAAGGAGCUGCACAGUGUGAGUGUGUGACGCGCGUGAAGAAUCUGGUGACCAAUCAUCACUCCCCCCCCACCCCACCUGGCGGUCGCUAAUUAGCGAGUUGGAUUCAAGUUCUUUUCAAGCGCUACGUGUAAAUACACACACAGAGAGACACGCACACACGCACGGCGGAUCAUCAACCUAAGCGCGUGUGUGUAGGCCAGUCACAACAGUCACAACAACAACACAGCCGUUUUGUGAAGUGAAGUGAAGGAGGAAGGCCUUGACGGUCUCGGCUGUGUUGUGUUUUGGCCCCGCGGAAGUCUCUGGUGCCACCGAGCGGGGAAUCAUGGAUUCCGACGAUGAAAGCUUCGAGGAGCACGACUCGGGCAACGUGUCCAGCGGGGACGACGAUUUCGCGAUGGACGUCGAUAUCAACAAUCCGCGCGACCGCGGCCAGGAGACGGACGAGUACCCGUACGACGUGCUGACGACGGACGAGAUCGUCCAGCAUAUGGUCGACUGCAUCAAGGACGUCAACACGGUCGUGGAGAUCCCAGCCACCAUUACCCGGAUUCUGCUGAACCAUUUCAAAUGGGACAAGGAAAAGCUGAUGGAACGAUUCUACGAUGGCGAUCAGGAUAAGCUAUUUAAGGAUGCGCACGUGAUCAAUCCGUUUCGAAAGCCAAGUAUAGCACUCAAGCCAAAGAUCAAAAAGUCCAGAACAGAGGAUUGUGAAAUCUGCUACUCAACGUUUCCUCCCAGUAUGAUGACCGGUCUGGAAUGCGGACACCGUUUCUGUACGCAGUGCUGGCAAGAGUACCUGACCACCAAGAUCGUCGAGGAGGGGCUCGGCCAGUCGAUAGCGUGUGCCGCCCACGGAUGUGAUAUUCUGGUCGAUGACGUAACGGUGAUGCGGCUGGUGCAGGAUCCGCGCGUCCGGCUCAAAUACCAGCACCUUAUCACCAACAGUUUCGUGGAGUGCAAUCGAUUGUUACGAUGGUGCCCGUCGGCCGACUGCACGUACGCGAUCAGGGUGCAGUACGUCGAUCCGCGACCGGUUGUCUGCAAGUGCAACCACGUGUUCUGCUUCGAGUGUGGCGAAAACUGGCACGACCCGGUACAGUGCCGGUUGCUGAAGAAGUGGAUCAAAAAGUGUGACGACGAUUCGGAAACUUCCAACUGGAUCGCCGCCAACACGAAGGAGUGCCCGAAGUGUAACGUCACAAUCGAGAAGGACGGUGGCUGUAACCAUAUGGUAUGCAAAAAUCAAAAUUGCAAACAUGACUUCUGUUGGGUAUGUCUUGGAUCUUGGGAACCGCACGGUUCGUCCUGGUACAACUGCAACCGGUACGACGAGGAUGAGGCCCGUGCGGCACGUGACGCGCAGGAGAAGCUGCGCUCCACUCUGGCAAGAUAUCUCCAUUACUACAAUCGCUACAUUAACCACAUGCAGUCGCUCAAGUUUGAGCACAAGCUGUACGCUGCCGUCAAGGAGAAGAUGGAGGAGAUGCAGCAGCAUAACAUGUCUUGGAUUGAGGUCCAAUUUCUGAAGAAAGCUGUGGACAUUCUCUGCCAGUGUCGUCAAACACUCAUGUGCACUUACGUGUUUGCCUACUAUCUUAGAAAGAAUAAUCAGUCCCUGAUCUUCGAGGAGAACCAGAAGGAUCUGGAAACGGCGACGGAAACCCUGUCCGAGUACUUGGAGCGUGAUAUAACGUCGGAAAAUUUGGCGGACAUUAAGCAGAAAGUGCAGGAUAAGUACAGAUACUGCGAGAAGCGUCGGAAAGUGUUGCUGGACCACGUGCACGAAGGCUACGAGAAGGAUUGGUGGGAGUACACCAACUGAUGAUCACGAUCGUGAAUGCUGAUGCAGAUAUGACGGAACGAUGGUGGUGUGUGCGGUGUUGAAUGUGAACGAAUAGCGUGUUGGAUCUGAAGCAACGCGUCGUUCGACUUAAUAACUAGCGGUUCAACUAAUAAUUUAUAACCCUCAUAACGCUUCGAGUCGCCCCAUCGGUCGAACGUGGUCGAAGAAGGUCGAUGUGGUGUAGUGUCGGCGCAGCGGGACGCCUUUACCUUAGUAAGAACCGAAAUACGAGACCAGAGCAAUUCGACCAAUUUCAACUGCCCCCUCAAACAACAAACACACCACACACACCCACAUACAUAAAGAAGAGUCUUCGCCGUCGCUCGUGUUGUAGCAAAAUAGAUGCUCUACUUGGUUUGUGUGUCUGUGUGUGUGAGAGAGAGAGAGAGAGAGAGAGAGAGAAGUCCCGACCGCGCCACAUUUAAAUUAAUCGAAAAAAGAUGGUAGCCAAAAGUAGGUUUUGUUAUCUACCGCUGAUACGAACGGAAGAGAGAGAGAGAGAGGUAGAGAGAUAGAGAGAGCUUAGCACACACAGUUAGUAGCAGGCAGAUAUCCUUUUUCAGUUUUUCCCCCCCAUUUGAACUCUUGAUUUUGAUUCUCGGUUAGAAUUUCCUAUAUUUACCUAUCUUGGAUAUAUGUGUUUGUCUGUGUGUGUGUGUGUGCGCGCGCGCUUUGUGAAACAUGAAACCCUUCGUUUUGGUUUGUUGUCUUUACUAAAUGCACGUAAUUAUUUUAGGAAACAACCGUUACAACAUUAUAAGCCCUAGGCUAGUCGCAAGCGAAAGAACGAUAUAAAAAAAAACACACACAGAGCUGCUUGGAAGGAUUGUAUCAUACUUUUGCACACACACAUUAAUUUGCAAAACUAAACAGUAUGAAAAAGAAGACAGGAAACAGAAAAAAAGAAAAAAAAACGUUAACAAACCUUGACCCACUAAACAAAACGAACCACUGUUGUGUUAUCGGUGUAACCUUCGCCACACAAAGGGGCUAGCGGUAGAGCGGUAGAGGGAAGAGAAAUGAGAAGCAGAGAGUAUGCUUUCAUAUGUUGUGUGUGAUAUAUGGUGCCGUGUGCGUGUUAUGUAGCUGGGGCGUUAAAUUUUAUGAUUUCCUUUUUCCUUUUUCUGCUAUUUUCGUGCAAGAACUGGCCGCUACCCUCAACCAUCCAACUUUGCAUCCCCUCGGAAUUAGAGGAAGAAUCGUGUUGUCCUUUGUUAUGCACCACCCUCUGUUUUGUAGUAUUUUACGGGCAUCUGUACUUUGCUGUGUGCUAUUGGGGCAAAGACACAACAUUUUCAUUGCAGCUAUUGUGGUGCGCGGGUGUGUGUUUUGGUUGUUUGCUUUUGUUUUUCUCCCAUCACCCAUAAUUGCUAAUGUAGAGAAUUUUUUGUAACAUUAAACAAACGCAACGGCGAAACACUACUCUUUCAUGUCCAUGUGAUCCUCCCGCGUAUAUUGUUUAUGGUUUUGAUAGGUUCCCCCCCCCCAUUUUUGUCUUUAAAUGCUUUCAUCAGUUAGUUCCUUUUUCCUCCAUUGUAUGGACAUAGUUUUCUUGCCAUUCUGCUGCUCUGGGACAACAACUGUUUCGGAUUCGUUGCAAAAAAAAAAAAUCAACCCCAAACGAAGAGCUGCCGUUUCGUGCAUACUCUUAACCCGAUAGUGGUGUUGUGUAGUAGUGUGGGGGGGACAUGCGAAAGUGUGAUAAUAAAAUAUACAGGUGGUACAAAUCUGAGAUGGACGCUUCGUUUCGUUUUCUUUCUGCCUCUGUUUGUCCCUUUGUGUGUGUGUUUUUUUCUGGUUUUGGACCGCUUUCGGAUUUAAUUUUGACUAGCGAAGGAAUUACGGUUGAAACCUUUUGAACUUAGAUUUGUGAGCACCUUCUUGCAGCAUAGCUGCCACAAACUUCUACUUAUUACUUCUUAAAUUUAUUCUUUGUUUUUUUUGGCCGUUUCUCCUUCUUUUAAAUUGGUUGAUAAGUUUGUUAAUCCCUUUAGACGAAUAAAAAAACAUUUUAACUCGAUUUGGUUACUUUGUACGAAAAGGGAAAGCUGUUGUUGUUAGGUCCGGUUUCGUGACGCAACCAAGCGCGAUCGGUCGAUUUGUGGAGUUGAGCAAAGCAAACAAAAAGCAAGAAAAAAAUGCAUACUUUUUCCUCCAAAAGUGUACAUAAACUGUGACAUGUGACUCUCAUUACGCAAAUGUCCCAAAGAGGAGGAGGAGGAACACAGACACUAGCAGGCGGUAGUGCUGAGAAGAAGAAGAAGAAAGUACAUUACACGAGCGAGCGAUAUGUAUCGAACAAUUGCACGCAGUGAAAGUUGUAAGUAAUUGAAAGCAGUUGAACAAAAUAGAGAAGAAGAAAGAAAAAACACCCAAACAUUGUGUGUUUCUGAAGAUUAUUGUUGAUUAUGAGGUGUGAGUGAGGCAAAGCGUUAAACGAGAAGAGAUAUAAAUCAGAGAAGUAAAAAAAAAAACAUAAAUAUAGCAAAAU